UUUUUAUAUAAAUCAGGUCAACCUCCGACUUGUUCGUUUUGGGUUCUGCAGAAUAAAUUUCAUCACCAUCAAGUUGAAUCUGACCUCUGCAAUUUGUCAUUAGUGAAACCCACCAUGGUUGCCGUCAAGAAAACCAAGACGAUCCAUGAGAGCAUCAACAACAGACUUGCUGUGGUGAUGAGGAGUGGGAAAUACACUUUGGGUUAUAAAACGGUUCUGAAAACCCUUAGGAACUCUAAAGGGAAACUGGUUAUCAUUGCCAACAAUUGCCCACGUUUAAGGAAAUCAGAGAUAGAGUAUUGUGCAAUGCUUGCCAAAGUGGGCGUGCAUCACUACAAUGGAAACAACGUUGAUUUGGGCACAGCAUGCGCCAAAUAUUUCCGGGUUUGCUGUCUUAGCAUUAUCGAUCCUGGUGAUUCUGAUAUUGUCAAGACAAUGCCUGGUGAACAGUGAAUACUGAAGUAGCAUUACCCCCCGGGGUUUAUUUAUUUAUUUUUUUGAUGUUGUCAUUUUUUAACUGGUCAAAACAUCAUUUUGACCAGCAACUUUGAUUGGAUCAUCAUUAUUGGCAAACAUUGGUAUGUCAUUUAAAAUAAUAUAUUGUUUUAAAUAUAUCUUAUUAAAAUAA